AUGACAAAGUCGCUGGAUUACAACAUCGCUGUCAGGACUGCGUAUUUGGAGGGGGGUUGUCGAACCACGGAAGACAUUUCGAGAUUUAAGACCGGCAGGACAUGUCUUAAGGCCCAACACUUGGGCCCGAAGAGGAAUAUUGACUCGGAAAAUCGGUCGCAAAAUUACUGCUACCGUAGCCAGAAUGAGAAGGGCAGCAUCGACUCCAUUGACUUGGGGAACAAUGCUACCGCACACGGGCCUCUUUUCAUCUGGGGCGCUUGCCUGGAGAUCACGACAGCAGCAGCGGAACCAAUUGAAGUGGUGAUUCCAGUAAAGGGAGAAAAUCCUCGAGAGAUGGAGAACGCUCAAGCAAGAUGGCAGAAAGCAGUGUAUGAUCUCGAAAUACAGACCAAUAAGAGUGGAGAGAUGAAUGAGAAAGUGUUCCUAGUCGUUCGCUUCCGGAUGAAGAGGGGUCAUGCAACGCAGAGGGAGAUGGAGGAGGUAGUUGACGCACACCAUCACCGUCUACUAGCAAACCUGGGUGAUAAUUGA